UUUGCUCAUCUACUUCCUCACCACCACCGACACCGACACCGACACUGACACGCAUUCACCGGUCCAGCUCAGCUCUGUCCCCACCCCGUCUGUAGCUGCCGGUUCCGGUGCUGGUUUAUGAUCGUCCGUUUGUUCGGUGCCGUGUCUCAGAGGCUGUCCAGCUCGUUGUUGUACCGGGGGUCGCUGAGGAUGAAGCCGCAGGUUGUGUUCGUGCUGGGCGGGCCUGGAGCCGGCAAAGGGACCCAAUGCUCCAACAUCACGGAGAGCUACGACUACACCCAUUUGUCGGCUGGGGAGUUGCUGAGGACAGAGCGAGCUCGCGAGGAGUCGGAGUUCGGAGCGCUCAUUGCCUCCCACAUCAAGGAGGGCAAAAUUGUCCCUGUGGAGAUCACCAUCAAAUUACUCAGGAAGGCAAUGGAAGAGACCAUGCAGAAAGAUGAGAAAAUGUUCCGUUUCCUCAUAGACGGUUUCCCCCGCAACGAGGACAACCUCCAGGGGUGGAACAAGGUCAUGGAUGGCAAAGCAGAUGUCAAGUUUGUGCUUUUCUUUGACUGCAGCAAUGAGAUUUGCAUCGACAGAUGUCUAGAAAGAGGGAAGAGCAGUGGACGCUCAGAUGACAACAGAGAAAGCUUAGAGAAAAGAAUUCAAACCUACCUGCAAUCUACACGACCAAUCAUUGAACUGUAUGAGAAACUCGGCAAGGUGCGCACCAUAGAUGCCUCUCGCUCUGUGGAUAAGGUGUUUGCUGACGUGAAAGCUGUCCUAGACAAAGAGGGUUGAGUUCCCCGAGCUACCAACAACAUUCAGUUACCCUUUUUAGUUUUCUUUUUAUCAACUACACUAUAAUAGGUUUAUAUGCCAGUUCAUAUGACUUUUUACUUUUGGUUACAUUGUUUUUGUUUUCCAUCUGUUUUUGUAAAAUGCUGCACUGUUUGUGAGUGUGUGAACUUUAUGUAAUGGUACGAAUGAGAAGAAGAGUUGCAGAGAGGCUAGCUGUGAUCAGCUAGUUCGUGCUCAGAAGAGCUUGCAGCUCGUCUGCACUGUCUUUCAUCAUAGUUUGAGGCUUUUACAUAGGAACAAAAUGCAUAGUUACUACUUAGAUAGGCACUUCUUUGUCAAUCAAAGAAACUUCUAGUAGUGGAAGUCCCUACAAAAAUGGCAUCACUAAUGUCUUCAGAGUAUCAUGUCAUUGGAAGCAGCCAUAAUGCUUCAGACCAAAUAGUUUGACCUGACAACGACAGGCUGGGAUUGAACGUCGGAUAGCCUCCAAAUAAAAUGCAUAAAAACAUCUGUCUCAUGUGUAAUGGACAGUACUACAGGGACAGUUACUGUUUUGCCAUGUAGAGUUAUCAGGUGUAUGUUGUAGAUGGCCCAUUCUUUAAUGAAUAUUUGACUGAGUACCAGAAUGCCUCGAUGUGCUUCAUCACAGCUAAUGGUAGAAAAAACUUUAAGAUGAAAAUGAAUAAUUUGUUAAAUCUGCACUGUAUCUGCUUGAAGGAGGGGGGGGGGAUAAAAUUGAAAAGUUAAAACAGUGACUUAGAUUUUCUUUUUGUUUUGCUCAAUUAAUCUAGAUAGAAUAUUUAGUCAAUACUAUGUCAGGGUUGUAUAUGUAUACAGUAUGUACUAUGUUUUUGGAGCUAUUUGACUGUAUUCAGAAGUAUAGUGCUGUAGUCCAUAAAUAUUCUGAUCAAGUUAUUAACUGCUACACAAGAUUUUACAAAUUUCACAAAACCCACGUGCACUUGGUAGGUUUCAACCUGUAUCGGCCAGCAGGGGGAGCUAGACACCGCUGUAUAAUCUGAGUUUGUUUAUCCAAGUUUUGUUUUGUUUUAUCAUUAACUGUCAGUUGGAUUUUUACAGAGGAUGAUAAAUGACUCAGUUAUCAAUAAAUGAGUAAAUGUUCGCUGAAAUAAA